AACUCUUGGCGAGCUACACGUCAGUCGCAAUCGCAGUCGCAAUCGCAGUCGCAGAAUGAAAUUUUUCGAAAGCACCAGUUAAAUGAAACUGUUGCGGUUCAGUCACACAUCGAUUAAAAUAGAUGCCAAAAAGCAAAAAAAUAAAUAUACAAAUCAUUGCCAUGAGCUUCGAUGGAUUAAAGCAGGCUUUGUAUUUGAUCUGAAGUGAAAAGAAAAGAAGAAAACGCAACAAUUGCAUUGACAGUGAUUUCCAAGAGAUGUAUUCAAUCAAGUUAACGUGAAGUGAACGGGUUUUCGUCGGUUACCCAGUGAGUCAAUUGGUCAGUCAGUGCAGCAUUUCACCAAGGCAACACAAAAAUUAAAAAAAAAAACUGAUUGCAAUUCCAAUUUCCAAACAACGAAUAAAUAAAACGAAAGUUGCCAAUACUUUGUAAAUCGAUAAAAAAUAAAAAUUCUUUUAGCCAACGGAUUUUCGCACGCUUCUCAUAAAAAAAUGUGUACAAAAACUCAAUUAACGAAGAGUUGCAGCCCGCUCAACUGAUUGUCGUUAUACAACAGCGACGAGCAGAACGUGCAACAUUGUGGCAAAAACGCAGCAAGUGAAAUUGUGGCAUGCGAAAAAAGAAAUACACCAAAACAGCCAACAAAAAGGUAAUGAAAAUGUUAAGUAAAGCAAACCAACGAGAAGGCGAUGCCAAUGGCAGGCGUCAGUUCAAAUUAAAAGCAAACACGCACAGAAAAAGAAGAUGCACUCCGCUGCUAUGCAACUUGCUGCUGCUACUCUGCCAGUUGGGGCAUGCCACAGCCACGGGAAGAAACUCAACCAGCGACACAAGCUUUAGUCAACCACUGACAACGAUGACGGGACUGGCGCGAAACGAUGACAACACCUUUCUGCCCAUAAUGCCCAUUGACAUCAGUCCCGAGUUCAUCUCCAGGAAUGUAUUCACUAAAUCGGGACAGUAUCGAGUCUUUCAGCCUAUGGAGAGCGAAAGCGACUUGCGACUUGCUGUUGCAAUCAAGCGCAAUGACUACACGCAAAGGUCAGAACCGAUUAAGGCGCCAACUAUGGCAACAACUACUGUCAAACCGGUUGAGAGAACAGCCAAAAUCACUCCAGGUCAACAACAGAGUCAGAAGAACAGCAGCGAAAGUUCCGCUGUGUUGCACAAUGAACUGCAGGGCUUGGAGGAAUUGCUAAUGGAGUAUGUGGAACAGUUUUUUACACAGGGCAAAUAUGAGCCCAUGCCAGGUUUGGUCUUGGCUCUACAGCAGAAUCAUACAAAGCCGUCAACAGAGCAGCCACAAAGGCGGCAGCGGAGUGUGCUGGAGGAUGCCAACGUGGAGCUCAACAUUCCUCGAGCAAUGCAAAGUGCGAGACUUUUGUUUUUUUCUGGACUCAAGAAGAUUAUGUGGCCCAUUUAUAUGGGACUUCAGGUUCUGAAGAGUCUGCUGUUCGCCUUGUUUUUGCCCACUAUCAUUGGUAGUGUUAGUCGGCUGAUUGGCAAGGGCAUCAGCUCGGGCUCGGCCAGCUCAAUACCGCUCUUUGUUCGUCCCAUGGAGCCGCCACAGGAGUUGGACUUCAGGGACAACAGCGUUAACUUUGACGAUGACAACAAAUUUAGCUUUGGCGACGAUGGCAAAACCAAUGUGGGCUAUGAAAACAAUGGAGAGGCCUCCCAACAGCAUCCCCAAUUCACGCCUUUCAACACAAACUCAUUGAGUCAGCAAACGCUGUCGCGCUACGGCGGACAGCAGCAGAUGCAGGAUACGUAUCUCAGUGCAUUGCAGAGUUUGGGGGCAGCAUCAUUCAAGAACUCACAAAGUCUCUCUGGGGGCUCCUCUAGCCCGGGAAUGGCUGCACCUGGCAUGGCAAAGAAGCCACCAUCGCCGGCGAACAUGAAUACAUUCCAGAGCUUCCAAAAGGUGCCCAGCUCAUCUCUGCUGCUCUCCAACUACGAUCCCUUCUACAGUCCGCUGCUGUCGCGACUGGACUCGGUCUUUGGACAGCUGCAGCUCAACUCGGAGAAUGAGAACUGCCGCGAGAAGCUCAUUUGUCUGAUGUAUGCGAAUCCCGCAAAGUAUGCUCCGUACAGUAAUCUUGUGUCCGCCCAGCUAAGCCGGGAACUUAAUGAGCUGCGCAAGCCCACGUCUGACAAUCCGGAUAUCCUGCGCUUCUUUAAGUACAUGAGGGCGGCGAAGGAUGGCCAGGAUGGCAUCGACUGUGAGGAGUCGUUUGACAAAUGCAAAGAAUUUAAGGAUUUCGAAAAUCCAGCAAUGCUCUCCACCUACAACGACAUCAACAAAUUGGUCCAGGCUCGUAAAUUGGCGUAGAGAAAAGCAAAAGUUCACAAAAGUCACGUCAGCGCACAUCAGGUGUUAACGCCUGGAGCUGUAAUUAUGCAAAUUAAACUUUAGAUAGCCUAGCCAUACAUAAAUAUAUGUAUACAUAUACAUACAUACACAUAUAUAUUGAUAUAUGUCUGUAAAUGUUCAUCAGACGCACCAGAGAUAGCUGUCAGCUGCUGUCUGUCUGUCUGGCGGUUUGUCCGGCGGUCGUCAGGUGGCGGUUACUUGUAUUGGGGCAUUAAUUAGUGUGCUGUAAAUAGAAAUUGUGUUUAAUAGUUUAAUUAACAGGCAAAACAUUUGCCGUUAUGUUAGCCAUUUAGCUGAGUUACUUAAUUAAUAUUUAUUUAUUCGAUUUAUUAUUUAUUAUUAUAUUUAUUUAUUUAUUAUUGUUAUCAAGUUAGUCAGCAGAAAUGUUUAAAGCUGUUUAA